AUGGCUGGGGAGGCCAAGCACAUCCCCAAAUCGGGGGGUGAGGGAAGGCACCGGAGGAAGCAGAAGCUGGCAGAGGUGGUGCUGUGCCGGGCACCCCGAAUCCCUGCUCCAAGCUCCGGCGCCAGCCUGACCUUGCCCAGUGGAGCCCGAGAGGAGGACCAGAUGGAGCGACGAAGGCACAGCGCCCGGGGUUUAAAGAGCAUUGAGGGGAACACGUGGCGACGGGAGACAGGAAGCAACCAGGACAAGGAGGAGCGUGGCCUGCGGAGGGCGCCCGGCUCCCUUGCGCAAGGAGGGGCCCGCAGGCAGGCGGGCCGUAGGCUCCUGACCUACGGUCCCGGCCGCUGCCGGCCCCAGCUGGCCGGGAUGGACGGCACGAACAGCCUCAAGGAUCUGCUGCAGAGCAAGAUCGAUGACCUGGAGAGGCAGGUGCUGUCUCGGGUGAACACUCUGGAGGAGGGCAAGGGGGGCUCCAAAAACGACACCGAGGAAAGGGUCAAGAUCGAGAAUGCCCUGACUUCCCUGCACCAGCGGAUCAGCGAGCUCGAGAAAGGUCAGAAGGACAGCCGCCCCGGAGACAAGUUCCAGCUCACAUUCCCACUGCGGACCAACUACAUGUACGCCAAGGUGAAGAAGAGCCUGCCUGAGAUGUACGCCUUCACGGUGUGCAUGUGGCUCAAGUCCAGCGCGGCACCAGGGGUGGGCACGCCCUUCUCCUACGCGGUGCCCGGCCAGGCCAACGAGCUGGUCCUCAUCGAGUGGGGCAACAACCCCAUGGAGAUCCUCAUCAACGACAAGGUGGCCAAGCUGCCCUUUGUAAUCAACGAUGGCAAGUGGCACCACAUCUGCAUCACCUGGACCACCCGGGACGGGGUCUGGGAAGCCUACCAGGACGGCACCCAGGGAGGCAACGGCGAGAACCUGGCGCCCUAUCACCCCAUCAAGCCCCAAGGCGUGCUAGUGCUGGGCCAGGAGCAGGACACUCUGGGUGGUGGGUUUGAUGCCACCCAAGCGUUCGUGGGCGAGCUGGCCCAUUUCAACAUCUGGGACCGCAAGCUGACCCCGGGGGAGGUGUACAACCUGGCCACCUGCAGCACCAAGGCCCUUUCCGGCAACGUCAUCGCCUGGGCUGAGUCCCACAUCGAGAUCUACGGCGGAGCCACCAAGUGGACAUUCGAAGCCUGUCGCCAGAUCAACUGAGGCCCUGGGCCGGACUGAGCCUCCGUCCCGGGCCGGCCCCCCGCCUCCUCCUGCUUGUGCGGUGAUGAUCCGUCGUCUCCUCUUCUCUCCCUCCCCCCCAGGAAUGACUCCAGGCCCUGGCCCUCGCGCACGCGCACACAGCCUGGGCUCGUCCUCGCGCAGGGAAGCAGGCCUGGCUCCCACCUGUCCCCGAGGCCACCCCCCCCCCUCCGGGAGCGCGCACUGUUUCUCAGGCACGCCCUGUUCACCGGGAAAGCCAGCGGCUGCCACGUGAACAAUGCACACGUAGGUGAGAGGACGUGUGUGUGUGUGUGUGUGUGUGUGUGUCUAUGAGCGUGUGUCUCUCGGGGAGGCCUUCUCUUUUAAAAUGGUAUCUUGUUUCUUCUUUGUGGCUUUGGGAAAUCUCACAACUGGUCUGCUAUCUGUAUUUGCCAACUUUGGGGGCUGCCCGCGUGCCUUGGGGCUGGUGCAACUUCUUCUGCAAUGCAUCCGUCUUUGUUUGCAAAUCUCUUCCAGAGCAACAACUCUCUCUGUUGAUAAAAUAAAUGUCUUUUAGCGGUUUGUUAAAGGCCAGGGCCUCUCCAUGGAGAACUUGUAUUUUGUUGUAGAGGUGACCUCUCUCCAAAGGGUUGAAGGCACGUGGCACCAUGCACUUGGAGAGGGCAGAGGAGGUCAGGCCGGCCCCAGGAUCCGGGUAGUCCCCCAGCCCCAGCGCCUGGCCUGUGUCCUACGGCUGGUGUCCGAGGGCGGCGUGGGACUGGGGAGGCUGGCCUGCGUGCCCAGCUCAGCUGGCUCAGGCCCCCCAUCCCACCUGUGGCCCUCAGCCUUCUCGCCUCCCUGCACUCGGCAAGGUCGGGCUCUGUCUUUCCCUUCAGCUGCCAGCUGCCGCCCCCCCAGAGAGAGGAGCGUCCCACCCACGGCCCAGGAAGCCAGAGCCCCUCCAUCGCCUCUGGCAGUGGGAGGCCAGAGGCUUCAGAGGGUCGGCCCAGGGGUGGACCUUUUAGACUGGGAAACCCGCACUCUGAUUAAGACCCUGCCCCACACGGCCAGUGGAUGGGCAGGUCCGUGGUAACUCUGACAGCCAUAUUCUUGCCACACGCCCGGGCCCACGUGAGCUGGCUUGGCGAGUCCUCCAAGGGGGCAGGGGACCUCUUGUGGGGAGCCAGGCACGGCCAGGCUGGGGCCUGAAACCCACUCCCCCAUCUUACAGGGCUCAAGCCCUGAAGCAGCCCCCAACCUGUCACCAGCUGGUGACACAGACCCAACCAGUGUCCAGAGGCUUGGACUUUUUUCCCAUGAAAAACAAACACGUACGUCUCCUCCUAGUCCUUCCAAGGUGGGGAGAAAAACACGUGUGUGCGCGCAUGUGCGUGUGUGUGUGUGUGUGUGUCUGUGUGUGUGUGUGUUGAAUGAGAGGGAAGAGCAUUCAGACGGAUCACGCCCAGGGAGGGCGAUCUCCCUGCUUUGUCGCACCAUCUGGGGGUCGCACGCCCCAAGGGCCACCUGGACUCUCGCCAGGAGUCCAAUUAGCAAAAGGCUGGCGAGUCUUUCAAGAAAUUCUCCUGCACUGCCUGGCUCAUCUGCAGCUGCAGACUUUUCUUCAGGAGGAGCAGGUGUCCCUGUCUCCUGUUCCUUCCAGGGGCACCUGUCUCCUGAAGCGCAGGUCCGUGUUGUGUCGGAAACCCAGUGCAUCUGUGUGCAUCUGUGCUGGAGUCUCUGCGUCGGUGUCCGCGUGGGUGUCUGCACGGUACCCUGUCGCCGUUCUGCAAUGCCUCCCUCUUGUGCGGAGCGCCCAGUGCAGGCGCCCAGCUGCGCGCUGUGGCUCAACAGUGGCUUUUUCUGAGACCGUUGUGCUUCAUCGGAGCCCGUCGGGCUGUGGCGUCUGUGGAUCUGCAGGGAUCUUCUCUGUUUGCAUGUUCCUCGGGGUGGCGUGUCCCGUGCUUCCUUAGUCCGAUGUGUGUUCCCCUGCCUGCAUGAGCUGCUCUGGUUCUGUGUUGUGUGCUGAGUGCCACCCAUCGUUCUGUGACCAUCCAUGUAGCUACCAGGAAAGGCUGAGUAAGCAAGCCAAGGGUGUCGGAGGAGAUCAGGGGAGAGGUCGAGUCCCUCCCCUUCUCCCCGCUGCCCAAACACACCAAGUAUUUUUAACAUGUAGGUUGAGAGCAAGCUGAACAAUCCCCGUAGUUGGGAGAGAGCGAGAGCUUGGAACGCCCCCCCCCACCGGAUCGGCCCCACCCCUCACUUCAGCCAUCUCGGAGCUGUAGGCAAGGCCCAGAGCGUGCUAGGUGCUCUCCGUCGGCACCUCCCACCAGCCCCUGCAGAUCUCACGGACCCCAGACCACCUUCUGCCCCAGUGGGCGCGGUGGGAGCUGUCCGUUCAGGACCACAAGCCAUCCUCUGCCCUAACCAGAGAUGGGCAGAGCCCACCCCAGAUGCGUACACCUGCGUCCCUUUGGCCUCCCCAACCCCUCCACUCUGUGCCCUUCCCCUGAGGCCCCCGUGGUGCCAGGGACAGAAGCGGAUGUUUGACUCCCUCCCGCCCGACUGGAGCCUGUGCCAAGCCCCCGACUCCCUCACUGUGUUAACACUUGGCACUUUGCCCACCCCGAGAAAGGUAGACAGCCACAAGUCUAAUCCACAUAGUUCCCAUCUACUCUUUAAUCUGAUGGAUGUUCCCUCUUGCACUGAAUAACACAUGCCUAUCUCAGGUAAGCCGUUUUAUAAAAUACGAAGAUAAAAAAGCACUGUCGAGACAGUGUUUGCUUCUGCCGAGCUGGUGUCCCGCAGCUCCCUGGGUGUCCGAGGUGGGAGAGUGGCCGCCAGGCUCUCCGGGCCCCUGGGGGGUUAGAUCCCACUUGAAUCGUAAGCCUUCUUGCUUUUGAUAACACAGUAUUGUUUCUCUUAUUCUAGAAGAAAAAGUUUAUUACCAAACAAGAGUAUUUUUAUGAAAGCAAAGGACAAACCUAUAAAUUAACUCAACCUAUAUCUCCCUUGAAAAUACUUUUCAGGCUCCGCCAAAAUGUAGAACUGAAAGCAUGUAUUUUGGAAGAAAGAAAUACAUUUUGUAUGCUUUCUGUUCCUUUUGUAGAUUCACAGUUUAUUUUCUAAGACUGCAAAGAUCACUCUGUCACCAGCCCUGGGACCUGAGACCAAGGGGGUGUCUUGUGGGCAGUGGAGGGGAGGGGGAGGCUGGCAUGAGGGUCAGUCAUUCCAGUGAACUCCAGAGGGGGGCCGCCUGUUCUCAAAGGCGUGUUGGGCACCAGGCUGUACACUGGCCACUGACAGUGGCCCCUCUGUCUCGGAGCCGACUUGUUAGUGGGAUGAGCUAAGGACCUGAUUAUCAGUUCCAACCCUGACAGAAGAAACUAGGGUAACGGAUUGUAAACAUUAAGAUGACAGUAUCCUUUGUAAUCUUAUGGCAACCAAAGCGUGGCUUAACGCAGUCAUGGUCUCAUCUCUGAAAACACAGCGUGCAAAUUUAUUCAAUUAACGAUGGGAAACCUAUCACCUCCGUGUACAGUGGACUCAAGUGCCAUUUGUUGAAGGGGAACAAGCCAUUGAGGAGAAAAAAAGCCCAACACUUAGAGUCCCAAUUUUGUCUUAUUUGCCAAAAUGACCCGACGACGACAGCCCAAACCCCUGUGGUUGACAUUGUCACACUGUAUAUACUGUACAAUAGGAAGGGAACCCAUGUAUCUCACUGUCCAUUAUUUGCUAACCAAAGCUGUACCUUUUUCCCAUGAUCUGCAGCCUUUGGGUGUCUAGUGGGUCAGAACCAUGGGACCUGCCACCUCCCAUCAGCAAUUCUGGAAAUGCACUAUUUCUACUGGUAUCCUUGCUUUUUUUUUUCAUUUUCUUGCUGAAAUGACAUGAAUUGUUGAGUUUAUUUUUACACAGUAAAAGAGUGAAGAAAGA